CUGACUCCAAGUCCAACUUAAAAGGCUCUGAACAUAUAUCAUCUACUACAAAGAAUCUUGAUGCAUCAGCAUUCACAUUACGGAUUAUACUGGAACUUUCGAAGAUUAGUGCUUGAUUUGGCAACUAUACAACGGCUGAAGGAAGAGCGAGAUGCAGCCGUUAAGCAAACACAACAGCUGCAACAUGAAUUGGAGGUGGUGAAGAGAAGAAGAAACCAGAUGAGCAGCGCGAGUGGGUUAUCCUUAAAGUUGGCAGCUAUGGUUGGGCUCAUCAGACUCAUCAUCGGUUUCAUCUUAAAACUCACCUUAGCUUCUCCAACUUAACAGCUCUCUGCUUCCCCGCAUCGUCUACCAUCUUCGACAUAUGUAACCGCGGAAUCAAAAUGGCGUCACACAUUUUGUAUUAUUUUACU